AACAUCCUGUGUGUGACCGAGCGCUCUGAAAUGCACACCGACUACACACACCCCGCUGCACACACAUACACACCUGCCGCCACGGCCCCCCCGCCGGUGAUGUCACAGGUCGAGGACUGCGAGGAGGCGGAGCCCGAGAGAGACACCGGCCAAUCGGCUGCCAGGAUGAAGAAGUCUCGAGUCAUCAGUUACCAGGGCACCGUGACUGAGGUGGUGAGCGAGGGGGCGGGGCUGUACGUGAUGGACAGGAGGGUGGGGCUGUGCCUGGCCUAUCAGCCGGCUCUGAGGAGGAAGCUGAGAAUUGGAGACACUUUGGAGCUCCAUCACGUCCACUUCCUGUACCGGCCCUGUCCCGACUUCCUUCCCAGCAUGCUUUGUACCUGCCUGCGCUCCAGCGUCAGGGUGACGUCCUUCAGCGGGGGUUGGGCGGGGGGGGUUGCUACCACGGUUACUGCACACCUCCACCUGCCCGGGGGAUGGAACGUUGCCACGGUUACUGCUGCAGGGGGGAAGGGGCGUUUCCGAAUACCUGUGGAGCGCUCACCUGAGUUCAAAGCUGCAGCACAGCUGAUGGAGUGUGUGUGGAGAGGACAAGAAGGACAGAGGAGAGACAUUUAUUGCGAGAUGCUGGACGAGCCCCACUCCUGUCCUCUGACUCAGUACAGGGCGGACCCAGCUGUCCCUCAGGUGUUCAGUGUCUCUGCUCUGAUUGAAGGUCUUCAGACAGACAGCUGGUCCUCAGUGUCUCUGCGCUCUCUGCUGCCCCCUGGUGGAGGUCUGUCCUCGUCUCAGAUCAACUCAGCUCUGUCCUGGUCCUGCAGGACGCUGACCUCUGACCCCCCUAGAGACACAUCCAGACGCCCCCUGGUGGUCGGGGUGCUGGAGUUGCCGUCUCCGGCGGGACAGGCGCUGCAGCUCAGAGACGGGACAGGGACCGUGGCCUGCGUCGUCACGGAAACCAGCGAGGGAGGGGGUCAGAGUGUGGCCUUCAACACCGCCUGGAUAGGUUGUCUGGUGUGUGUGGAAAAGUUCACCAUGGUGACGGAGAGAUUCCUCCAAUCAGAUUUCCCCUCCGACCAACAUCUGGACCAGGACAAGUACAUCACACACAAACACUGCAGGUUUUACCUGCAGUUUUCUCUGGAUCAGCUCCACAUCCUGAGCCCGUCCAUCGCUAUGGAGACUCACCUGAGGGGGGCGGAGCCAGGCGGUGAUGUCACAGAGGAAGAGGAGGAGCCGUCAGGCGGCAAGAGAAGAAGAAGAGGAGACCCCCGGCCCUGCGUCUCCAUGGUGAUCAGGGUGCAGCAGAAAGAGGGCGUUGCUCUGAGGAACUCGGGGGCGGGGUCACACCAGGAGGAGGCGGGGCUAACAGCAAGCUUCUCCGUCACAGCGGCUGUGAUUGGUCCGGUGGUCAGCUGGGGGCGGGACCCGAAGAACAGACCAUUGACAGACAGGGAGGCAGAGCCAGAGAGGAAGGACAAG